CACAGAGUGUAAGAUACCAAGGAGGAUAUCAGUUGAGUAAUUGUUAGAUGGGAGGAGAUUGAAAAUGAACGGGAAGAAGCGUGCUUGCCAAUUAUUGAUCUCGAGUUCGAUGUUGACCCAGCCAGCCAUGCCAGCCUUGCGAGCAGACACAGAGGUCGCCCUCCGAUGCCCACACCAGACCAAACCUGGAUGAGUUGGUCUCACGUAAGACUGGUUGGUGGCCGUAGUCAGGGAUCAGUAACCAGUUAAAUGUAAUGCUGGUUGAGCAUAGAGGUAAUUCUGCGGAGUAAUAUGGCAAAAACAAGUAGGGAUACAUGAGUGAGUCAAGUCGUGUCUAUGAUAUGAAUGCAGAAGAAAUGUUAUGUUGAUGAUAAUGUACAGCGUCAAAGUCAGUGAUAUAUAUUACAGCCAUGCCUGCAAAACCGAGACCACAUGGGUAUUUUCUAUCCGAUAUCCAGCGCCAAUAUGAAACGUAAAAGUACAAGGUCGAGCAUGUCACAGACGAAGCCUAGUUUAGAUCAGGGCUUGUCCUCUGAACAUACCCUCGCGAACCUCCUUGACCACAUCCUUGCGGUCCUUCUUACCGACCAGUACAAUAGCGCGACCACGCUUACCCAUGCGUCCAAGGCGGCCGAGACGAUGGAUAAAGUCGAUCGUUGUGUGUGGGACGUGGUAUAGGAUGACCGUCUUUACAGCAAGUGUGUCGAUACCCCGCGAUGCGAUGUCGGUUGUGACGAGGACUUUGGUAUUCUCUAAUGUCCGGCGGUCGAGGCGGGUCGGCUUCGGCAUCUCCAUAGGGAUAGCGCGCUCUUCGCGGCGCCGUUGCUUGAUGACCAUGAUCUCAUCAGGCGUGGGAGGUGCAGGCUGUAUGGUGAAUUCGGCGAGGAUCUCCUCCUGCUUACGCGCGCUUGAGUCCCGAGAAAGAGCGUACGCGUCGAUUCCCUUUGACUUGAGGAACUCGGCGACCUGAUCGGCUUCUUCACGCUCAUUGACGAAGACGAGAAUCUUCUUGACCUGCGGUCCAAGGUAGUGCGCGUGAGGGUGGACGGGGUCGGAGUCGCCGGCCUUGCCAAUGGACCAGAUUACAUCGGCGCAGGCGAGGUCGCGGUUUCCGCGGUAGGGGUCUUUUUGAAUGUCGAUUACACCGAGUUGGACUCGGCGGGGAAUUGCGUGUAGGUUUGGAGUGGUGAGGCGUCUAAUGUCGGGGUAGCGUUUGCGGAGUUGAGUGUCGAGGCUGCGGGGGAUUGUAGCGGAGCAGAGGAUGAGUUUUUGUAGCGAGGGGGCAGCCUUGCUGAUGACUUCUGUGGUUGUUGGUAGGAAGGAGCGGUCCAUAAGGGAGUCGGCUUCAUCAAGAACGAGGUGGCUGACACGGCUUAGGACAUACGGCUCGGUCUUUGCGAUGGAGGCGAGGAGAUGCGGGGUUGUGACCAGAAUGUCGAUUCCGGCUGGGUUGAAAAGGGUACUUUUGAUACGACGAGGCGUCAGGUUGGAAUGAAUCAUUCCAGACCUGUACUUGACUGUGUGUGAAAAGGCCUUGACCUUCUCGCCUACCUGCGCCACCAACUCGGCGGUGGGUACCAGGAUGAUAAUUCUUGGCCGAGCUGCGUUUGACUCGGGAGGCAUUUCAGGCUCUAGGUCAAACGCCUGCUUGUUCUUCUUUUCUUCAAGUUCCCGCAUUUUCUCCUCUUCUUUUCUUCUCUCAAUUACCUGGUCCUGUGCUUCCUGGCGCUUGAGGGCGUCGACUAAUGGUAUCAGAUACGCCAACGUUUUCCCCGAACCAGUCUCCGCAGCAAGGAGGUAUUGAGCGUAUUUUGGCGCCUCGUCAUCUACCUUGGUCGACUUCUUCUUGGCUGGAGGAUCUGCGAGGAGUUCAGGAAUUGCAAGACGUUGGAUAGGCGUUGGAACGGCGUCGAUGAUGCCUGGAAGGGCUUGAGAGAGGAUCGAGUUUCGAACGAUGGGCAGGAGUUCAAAUUGGUCGAAGCUUGUAAUUUCGGCGAUUUUGGCUUUGACUGCCGUUCGUUUACCAUACGAUAUCGGCGAUAAUGUAGUUUGCAUCUUCAGAGCCUUGUAUAGAGGGCUGUCGGUCUUUUUCGACGUUUCUUCUGGCAGACCGGAACGCUUGAGGGCGGCAGGCGACCGCGACCGCGGCUCAUCGCGAACUCGUGCUUCUGUCCGGUUCAUGUUGGAAAAAGGGCCGAUUUUACCGCUGUCGACUCGUCUUGGCCUGAGAGAUGUUCUGCCGACAUCCCUCGACAGUGUCAUGCGAGCAGCUCGCCGAUUGCUGGAGCGCCCCGUGGCGAGGGAGCGCAGAGCCUGUCCCUGAAGAGGCGAAGCCGGUAGAGCUGUCUGGGCGCGACAGAAAAGGCAUAUUGAGUGCCUGCGCGGCAGAGAAAGCCCACUGAGCCUGUUCAUGGUGAUUGCCGAUGCUGGUGGUGAGGGUCGUGGUUGAGAGAGUCUCGACCGUCUCGUGGCUCCGAAAAAAAAGAUCCUCAGAGCGAAGCUUGGGCCACCGGGGAAUUAAGCACGCUAGGCCUGACCUGGAGUAGCGCGAUCGUCGAGCGCCCCAGGCUGUCAGGCUUCCAGGCACAAGGUGGCCAAACUUGGUCGGUUGCUGGGGCGACUUCCGCGACCCAAAAUGUCAACACGUCCAGCUGCCAUGACACUCCGUCUCCAACCACGGCGCCAGACAUCUCGGCCUACUUAACAGUGACCCUCUUCACAUCUCCCCUCCUCCAUUCCAUUCCUCUAUUGAUCUGACGUCGUGUGUCUUGUGCCGGUGGUGGAUGGCACGUUGCCUCGCUUUUCGUUUCCCCCCUUGUAUUUGCACCGCGCAUUUGGCUGCGACUUCCUUCAAAUUUGAUUCAACCACGAUCUCUUUCCAUUUGACUUUUAUAGUCCUUCGUUAUUGGGGUUGUCAUUCCUGAGGCGCAGCAAGAUCAACAAUUGAGGCGACGCAUCUCAGAUCUGACAACCACAAAUUGGCAAUCGCCUUGGAUGAUAUUCCAUUUGUGAACACUUGACACUUGACGAGUCCCACGAGCAACGCAAACACCGGGUAAUACGAAUUAUCCAACCCUUUCUGAGGCCUCUUUUCGAGUGUUGAGAGGUCUGACGUCUGUUGUUUUUGUUUAUCGCGAAUAGCCCUGUUUUUCUUUGUUUCCCGCUGUGCUUCUUGGAUUCUUUCUCAACUUGGUUUUCUUGACUUUGAAAAGCGCGUCUCGUAGCCAUGGGCGGUAGCACUGGACAACGGCCUCUUUCAGAGGUGAGCCCGAUGGCUCAGCGUCGCAACUCUCCAGUCUGGAGCCCGGGCGCUAGAACAACAAAGAACACCGAGUCAUCACCGCUCGAAUCCCCAUCUUCGACGCGCCUAUUUUGGCAAGGCCGUGACUCUGGUUCGCCGUUUCAAAAGAGUUCCGAGAAUCACGCGCCCUAUGAUCCUGAGACAGGUUUUACUCCCCGCAAAAGGCCAUCCAUCGAGAACCUAAAGCGUGCCUCGCGAGUAAAGAACAAUAGCAUGUGGCGCGAUUAUCACCAAGAGUACGACCCAACGAAUGUAUAUGUUCCGCAAAGACCGUUAGCUUUCGGCCGCGCCUCUCCUCAAAGGCAGGUACAAGAGAUAAAUGCAGCUCACCCCACCCAGAGCCCAGAAAAAGGUCAGACUACGCCUCGACCACCUUCUCCCAGCAAAGAUCAAGUGGCUCCGGCCAAAUCGUCGUUGUCACGAGCGAGUCGAUUUGGUACCAAGGACAUGGCAUUCGACCCGGAGAACGAAAUAUGGUCGGACAUUGACGGUACCCGCUACACCAAGAGUGUUACAUUUGACGCUGCCCCACCACAGGUCAACGAGUAUGAGAUGACCACCCCCGACCCCUCAUCCAUUGCAUCCGAGUCUCGAGACGGUAGCUAUGACUCGGAAGAAGACGAGGGAGAUAUGAGCUUUGACCAUGACGCCUCCUUCGACCGCGAUGACAGUUUCGAUGCCUCACUCGAAGACCUUGAGAAGACUCCAGUUGUCCUGCCCGAGGACUGGCGCUUCAUGAGCCCUGAGACCGCAAACGCUGAAUUGGUGAAAGAAGAUGAGGAUCCGUUUACAAGUGAAGGCAGCCAAAGCCCAGAACCGCGCCCGUCUUCGAGGCAGAUGGCGCCCACAAAGCACUCCCGUGUUGAGUCACUUGAUUCUAACGGCGAGCGGCGCCCACUCCCACCUCUUCCGGCUAUCCAAGGUCUGUCAUUUGCUCAGCGCGCACCUUCUCCAGAUAAGUUAGCUGCCGCUUUCGAGCUUGGAAGCGGCGGUCAACGACAUCUACCAGCACCUCCAGGCCCCGCACCUUACAGCAAGUCAGACAUUGCGGAAGCUGGUCGCAACUCGAUGUCGCUUGAGGAUCGACUCCGUCUGAUGAUGAUCCAGAGAGAGGAGCGGGAAAAGGAAAGCGAGAAAAAAACAAGCAAGGCUCCUGAACCAAAGGACGAUAAUGAGGAAAUUAAGGUAGAUGAUGAGUCCAAGCCAGGCAAGGACGACGAAGAAAAGGAUCACACCAAGCCCGAUACACCGGAUACCUUCUCGGCACCACGCAUCUCAAGAGACUCUAUCUUGCGUGGCCUUCGCAGGGGCAACAGCUCUUUGGAUGACCCAUAUGAGCCCGAGCCACGAAGAGGCUCAAGGGAUCGACGUUACUCUGAUUACGACCCUGAUGUUCCGAUCCCAUCCCUGGAGAACGACGAUGACUAUUACGAAGAUGACGAUGAUGAUGAUGACACAAGCAGCGUUGUGAUUAAGCAAGAACAGGAAGAUGAUCACAGCGGACUCUACGAUAUUCCUGAUUAUUAUGGAACGGUCCCGUCCAAGGACUCAUCGUUCAAAUCCUUGCAAGAGAACCAGAACGAUGAUGAUGAAAGCCACUAUUCGAACCAGUCAAUGGAGGAUGUCUUUUCUAAGAGUAAUGGCUCAUCAGCCUCGGAAGCGACACCAGUCCCUUCUGAUCGCUCUCAGGACGUCACUAACGACAGGGAAACCCGCGACGACCCUACAGAGCCACAGAAUGAGGAAGUUACCGCUCCCAAAAUGGCGGCUAUGCUAGAAUCGCUCAGACGCCCGGUAACACCAGAGAACCGCGAGGCCAUCUCAGCACCAUCUACUCCAGACUCUGUGAUCCGUCACCCGGUCGAUGACGACAUCAGUGAUUUGGAGGAGUCUGCGGACGAAAGCAUUCCCGACCCUAUUGCGACUGUCAAGGCCCCAGGAGCUGGUUUAAAGAUCCGACCAUCACUGACCCCAGCUGACAUUGAGCAAAUGGCUGCCACCCGGCGGAAAGUCAGCGGGCAAAUCCCUCCUCCGUCGCCGCCACAAGUUGAGGAUGAGCCCAAGAUAGGAGACGAUGAGGAAAGAGAAGAAAGAGAGAACACCGACGAAGACGGUGCAGAGACAGAGAAGUCUCCCGAAGACGCACUACAGCCUGAACCGGCGGUAGCUUCCCCGCGAAAGCCCAGUUUCAUGAAGCUAGACAUCCCGUUCAGCAUUCAAGAAGAUGAAGGUCUCGGAUUUGGUUUAGACAAGGAAUUUGAUCGCGUCAUUGAAUCCCAAAAGAGAGGCUACCUCAUGAGACACAACACAAAGGUCAUCGUCGCGAGCAGUCGCCCUGAAGAGGAGCCCGUCCCAACGUCUACCUCCGGAGAAGCGUCUGGUGAGGCACAGGGCCCAAAAUCAGCCGCAUCUCCCCAGCGUAAGGUUAGUCAGCAGACCUGGACCACUGUCCCCUGGAACUCUGGAGCUCGCCGGGCGAGUAUCCGUACCCCAUCCGGCGCCAUUCGCAAGAAACCCGUUGCCGGGCCGGUACCUCCUCUACCUGGUCAGCCGAGCAAUGCUCAAGAGCCCCCAACCCCAAUCGAAGAAAUCGAACCGACAUUCAACACUGCCUUUGAGGAAGGUGAGGAGCGGGGCAGACUUUUCGUCAAGGUUGUUGGGCUGAAAUAUCUCGACCUGCCGCUUCCUAGGGGCGAACGAUCCUACUUUGCGCUCACAUUGGACAAUGGUCUUCACUGCGUUACCACUGCCUGGCUUGAGCUGGGAAAAACCGCACCGAUCGGGCAGGAAUUCGAACUUAUCGUGCAAAACGAUCUUGAAUUCCAAUUGACCCUGCAGAUGAAGGUGGAUGAGGAGAAGUUCAAGGUCCCAGAACCCACCCCUUCAUCAUCGCCGGCUCGCCAGAAGCAGUCGACCUUUAGCAGGGUAUUUGCUUCGCCACGUAAGCGCAAGGAGCUUGACAUGAAACAACAGCUGGCAUCUCAGCAGCAGAAGAAACAGGAUCCCAACGCUCCCGUCUGGGAACGUCUCAAGUCCAUCGUCGCGCAGGAUGGUAGCUUUGCACGAGCAUAUAUUGCUCUCAGUGACCAUGAGAAGCACUCUUUCGGCCGUCCGUACACCGUUGACGUGGCAUGUUUCAACGAGUGGGCCGUCGAAGAGCAAGCAAGCAGCGUCAAGAGCAAGAAGAGCACUAUGAGUUCCAUGUCCCAGCGUCGCCCACCUUACAAGAUUGGAAAGCUGGAACUGCAAUUGUUGUUUGUCCCCAAGCCCAAGGGAGCCAAGGACGACGACAUGCCAAAGAGCAUGAACGCCUGUAUCCGGGAGAUGCGUGAGGCAGAGAAUGCUUCCACUCGCAGCUACGAAGGCUAUCUUUCUCAACAAGGAGGUGACUGUCCGUACUGGCGUCGCCGCUUCUUCAAAUUGCAGGGCCCUAAAUUGACUGCCUACCACGAGACUACCCGCCAACCUCGCGCAACCAUCAAUCUGGCCAAAGCAGCCAAGCUGAUUGAUGACCGCAGCACUUUAACACAGAAAGAGACCACAGCACGCGGCGGCAAGCGACGUAAGUCUGCCUUUGCCGAGGAGGAAGAAGGCUACAUGUUUGUGGAAGAAGGAUUCCGUAUCCGCUUCGGCAACGGGGAGGUGAUCGAUUUCUACGCCGACAGUCCCGCUGACAAGGAGGGCUGGAUGAAGGUGCUCGCCGAGACUGUAGGCAAGGGCAGCUCCGGCACCAGCCAGGUCAAGCCAUGGACGGAGCUCGUGCUCAAGCGCGAGCGAAGUGUCAAGUCGCCCCGCCGCGAGACCGCAGAUCGCUUCUCCAACUUUGGAACAGCACCCCCUCCGCCUAAGAAGGACGCUAGUCACCUGGCUCCGCCUGCAACGGCGCCGGCGCCGGCCGCACCCCCAAUGGCUCCACCACCUCGACCACGACACAAGCACACACAGUCGCAGCCCGACGUCCGCAGCGCGGAAUCUCGGCGGCAAAAGGCCCGUUCUUUGAUGUUUUGAUUUGGAUGGCUUCGUCUCCUUUCCCUCUUCUUGCUCUUCACGGUGUACUUCUUUUCUGUUCAUCUUCUUAUUCUUGGGAUUUUUUUGUGCUCGUGGUGUCGGAGUCUAAAGUGGUCUUGUACUAACCCCGGCUGCGCUACCCUGCUGCUGUAUUCUUGUAUACAAGGCUCCGAUACCAAGGCGAAUUUCUUGAGCGAUGUAUUUUCGUGGUUUUUCUCUCUGCAGUACAUUAAUGAUACAUAGCGCCGUUCUUUUCCAUUAAUUCAAUUGUUUGACUUGAAUCAUGAUUUUCGGGGAUUGGCAAAUCGCCACUAUAUAUUACGGAGUUGGUUGCCUACCACCCGCACGUUUCAUCGCAUGCGUUGACGAUGUGUACCCGAUCGUCAAGGUAGGAGAUGAAAGGAAC